AUGCUAAAAAUUUUAAUUGCUUUUCUUUUCCUUAUUACUUUAAUCAAUGCUGAGUCUAAAGUAUUAAGCGAAUUUGUACAAAAAUAUGAUCCAAACUUCAAAUGGACUUUAAACGCCACCUAUGAUAUUGGACAUGCUAAUGUUCAUAUUCUAGAAUUUCGUUCACAACAAUGGUUAAAUUCUAGCCAAAGUAGUGCACCAGUUUGGAAACAUUGGUUACAAAUAUGCAUCCCCAAAGCAUUAGAUAGAAAUAUAGAUUCAGCUAUCUUAAUGAUAGAGGGUGGAGAUAUUCAAAAUUGGGCCGUUCCAACUGCUGGUCAAAUCAAUGGUUUUGGUAAUAAAAUGCUUUGCUCUGCAACCAGUCCAAUCACAGCAACUUUACAACAAACUCCACAACAAGAUUUAGUUUUUGAGAAUGAUGGUGUUUUAAGAGAAGAGGAUGAUAUAGUUGCAUAUACCUGGGCAAAAUUUAUGAACACCAACGAAACUGAUUGGAUUAGUUUAAACCCACAAACUAAAUCAGCUAUUAGAGCUAUGGAUGCCAUUCAACAAUUUGGUAAUACCUUUACAGGAAAUUACACUGUUAAUAAGUUUGUUGUUACUGGUGGAAGUAAAAGAGGUUGGACUACUUGGGGUACUGCAAUGGUAAAGGAUCCAAGAGUUAUUGGUAUUGCACCAAUGGUUAUUUCAGUUUUAAAUCUUGUAGAUAAUAUCGAAGCUCAAAUCGAAUGUUACGGUAAUUGGUCAUUUGCUCUUCAAGAUUAUGUUAACCACAAUAUCACCAAAUUCCUUUACACAAAAUAUUUCGCUAAGCUUACACAAAUCAUCGAUCCAAUUAAUUAUAUUGAUGUUGUUGAAAGUAUACCAAAACUUAUUAUAUUAGCAGUCAAUGAUGAAUUCUUUUUACCAGAUUCAACAAAAUUCUAUUUUAGUCAAUUAAAAGGUGAAACUAAACUCGCACUUUUUGCAAAUACUACUCAUAGUGGUAUUAAAUCACAGCAAGUUGCAAACACAAUUGUAAACUUUUAUAAUUUAGUUAGUAAAAAUAUGCCAAUCCCACAAUUUAAAUGGUCAAUUGAUUAUUCAAAUGAUAAAAAUUCAGGUACCAUCACUCUUAAUGUUUUAAGUGGUACUGUCACCAAAGUUUUAUUAUACCAUGGUACUACUGAAUCAAAAGUUAGAAGAGAUUUUAGAUUCUACGAAUGCCAUCCAUCACAUGUGGGCCCACAAUGUAUUAGACCAAAUUACUUCUUUUCAUUUGAAAUUCAAGCAACUUCACCAAAUACUUAUGUGUAUACUGUGACUAAACCACAACAAGGUGGUUGGACUGGUUUCUAUAUGAAUGUAUAUUUCUCAACUGGUUCUAUCUUCUCAAGUGAAAUGGCAGUAGUCCCAGAUAUUUUACCAUUCCCAAAAUGUACAAUGGAAGUUUGUGGUUCAGGUUUACCAUCGUAUAUGUGUAAUAAUAGUAGUUGUGAAGAUGACCUUCAAGAUAGCGUUGAAAAUUAAAUUUAAUAUAUUUUUUAAAUCGAAUAAAUUAAUUAAUGAAAGUUUAAAAUUAUAAUCAAAGUUUAUUAAACAUUUAAAUUAUAAUC